AAACUUAAUAGUUGGAAGCAGUUAUUUUUGAGAAUAACAAUGAUUAGUUCUAACGAGAGUGAUGAUAGUGCCGAAGGUUUGCAUGGGAGUAGAAUGCGAAAAAGGAAUCCGAAAGUUUGGAAAGACAAUAAAAGGAAAACUGCUGCUCUUAAAGGUGAAGCCUAUGUUUCUACAUCCGGAAAAAGGGUUGCACCAAAAUCAUCUGGGUCUCCAUGUGGGUGCAAGGAGAAGUUUCCCGAUGAAGAAAAAACCAUUUUAUUUCCAAACUAUAUGACGGUAGGCCCAAAAAUGAACGUGACACAUUUCUUCAAGGCCUAAUUGAGGUGACAACCAUUUCAAGACGUAGAGGACGAGUCCAAGCUAAUGCUAAGCCCAAAUCCGCAAGUUUUAAGUACUCUAUAUUGGAGAGCUCUGGAAACCGUGUGGCAGUAUGCAAGCGAGCUUUCAUGAGUAUUUACGGUGUGUCACAUAUGCAAAUUCAACGCUUAACUACAUUGCUUGUGACCGGCGCAUCUCCAAGAGAUUUAAAGGGCCUACACAAUAACAGGCCACGUUCCAAAUCAGAUGAAGUACUAAUCAGAAUUAGGGAGCACAUAGAACGUUUCCCACGUAAAAGUACUCAUUAUUCUUCUAGAGUACAUCAAUACCUA